UCCCGGCUACGGCGUGAGGCUACUAACGGUCUGCCACAGAGGUUGCUUCCCUCGUCCCUGGUUGCCGGUGAUCAUGGGGCAGGAGCCGCGUGUGCUGCCGCCCUCCCCUAACUGGUACUGUGCCCGAUGCAGCGAUGCAGUGCCCGGGGGCCUCUUCGGUUUCGCCGCGCGGACCUCCGUCUUCCUUGUCCGCGUGGGCCCGGGCGCGGACGCGAUCCCGGGGACGCCCCCAUUUCGAGUCAUAGGGGAGUUGGUGGGACACACCGAAAGGGUCUCUGGCUUCACCUUUUCUCAUCACCCGGGUCAAUACAACCUCUGCGCCACCAGCUCGGACGACGGGACUGUGAAAAUCUGGGAUGUAGAGACAAAAACAGUUGUAACGGAACAUGCACUCCAUCAGCAUACAAUAUCAGCAUUGCAUUGGUCUCCUCGAGUAAAGGAUUUAAUAGUAUCUGGAGAUGAAAAGGGAGUAGUUUUCUGUUACUGGCUUAACAGAAAUGACAGCCAGCACCUCUUUAUUGAACCCAGGACAAUUUUAUGUCUUACUUGCUCACCUCAUCAUGAAGAUUUAAUAGCCAUUGGCUACAAGGAUGGCAUAGUGGUUAUAAUUGACAUCAGUAAGAAAGGAGAAGUUAUUCACAGGCUUCGAGGCCAUGAUGAUGAGAUCCACUCCAUAGCCUGGUGUCCCCUGCCUGGUGAAGAUUGUUUAUCCAUAAAUCAAGAGGAAAAUUCAGAAGAACCUGAAAUUCCCAAUGGGAAAGUUAUAGCACAAACUCCAGUAGCAAAAGGCUGCUAUUUAGCCACUGGAAGCAAAGACCAGACCAUUCGAAUCUGGAGCUGCUCUAGAGGCCGAGGGGUGAUGAUGUUGAAAUUGCCCUCUCUAAAGAGAAGAGGAGGGGGUAUAGACCCAACUGUUAAGGAGCGCCUUUGGUUGACACUCCAUUGGCCCAAGGAUCAGCCAACACAGCUGGUAUCCAGCUGUUUUGGAGGUGAACUGCUGCUCUGGGAUCUCACUCAGUCUUGGAGACGGAAAUAUACCCUCUUCAGCGCUUCAUCAGAAGGGCAAAAUCAUUCAAGAAUUGUGUUUAAUUUAUGUCCUCUACAAACCGAGGAUGACAAACAGCUGCUGCUUUCCACGUCAAUGGACAGAGAUGUAAAAUGUUGGGACAUGGCCACCCUAGAGUGCUGCUGGACCCUGCCUUCCCUUGGAGGGUUUGCCUACAGUCUGGCUUUCUCUCCUGUGGACACAGGCUGUUUGGCCAUAGGCGUUGGGGAUGGCAUGAUCCGCAUCUGGAAUACACUCUCCAUAAAGAACAACUAUGAUGUGAAAAAUUUUUGGCAGGGUGUCAAGUCCAAGGUUACAGCGCUGUGCUGGCACCCAACCAAGGAAGGCUGCUUAGCUUUUGGAACUGACGAUGGAAAAGUGGGAUUGUACGACACCUACUCCAGCAAACCUCCACAGAUUUCUAGCACAUAUCAUAAGAAGACUGUGUACACAUUAGCCUGGGGGCCACCUGUACCCCCUACAGCACUCGGAGGAGAAGGAGACAGACCAUCACUCACCUUAUACAGCUGUGGAGGAGAGGGGAUUGUCUUACAGCACAACCCCUGGAAACUCAGUGGAGAGGCCUUUGACAUCAACAAACUCAUCAGGGACACCAAUUCAAUCACAUACAAAUUGCCAGUACACACAGAGAUCAGCUGGAAAGCAGAUGGCAAAAUCAUGGCUCUUGGCAAUGAAGAUGGAUCAAUAGAAAUAUUCAGGGUUCCUAACUUGAAACUGAUCUGCACCAUCCAGCAGCAUCACAAGCUUGUGAAUACUAUUAGCUGGCAUCAUGAGCACGGCAGCCAGCCAGAGCUGAGCUAUCUGAUGGCCUCUGGGUCCAACAAUGCAGUCAUUUAUGUGCACAACCUGCAGACUGUCAUAGAGAGCAAUUCUGAAUCUCCGGUGACCAUUACAGAGCCCUACCGGACCCUCUCAGGGCACACAGCCAAGAUUACCAGUCUGGCAUGGAGCCCACAUCAUGAUGGAAGGCUGGUAUCUGCUUCCUAUGAUGGUACAGCUCAGGUGUGGGAUACUCUCCAGGAAGAGCCUCUAUGCAAUUUCCGAGGACAUCGAGGUCGACUGUUUUGUGUGGUGUGGUCCCCACUGGAUCCAGACUGCAUCUACUCAGGGGCAGAUGACUUCUGUGUGUACAAAUGGCUCACUUCCAUGCAAGAACAUUCCCGGCCUCCUCAAGGCAAGAAAAGUAUUGAAUUAGAGAAAAAAAGGCUCUCUCAGCCUAAGCCAAAACCAAAAAAGAAGAAAAAGCCCACCUCGAGAGUGCCUAUAAAGCAGGAAUUGUGUGACCGGAAUGAAGACGAGGGCGUGAAAGAGAGCUCGGGCCCUGUUGAGAACGGCGUGUCGGACCAGGAGACCGAGGAGGAAGCCCGGGAGCCAGAGCUACCCUGUGCUGUCACCUCAGCCGUUUCUAAAGAACCAAUUAGCUGCACUCCAGUUUCUGUAGGUUUUGAAAAGUCAAAAGUCACCAUUAAUAACAAAGUCACUUUACUGAAAAAGGAGCUACCUAAAGAGAAGUCAGAAGCCUUAAUGAAGAAGCGAAAAGCUCGUUCCAUCCUUCCACUGAGUACGAGCCUGGACCACAGAUCCAAAGAGGAGAUUCAUCAGGACUGUUUGGUGUUAGCCACUGCAAAACACUCCAAAGCAGAGCCAAAUGAGGAUGUGUCUGCUGAUCUUGAGGAAAGAUUUCACCUGGGGCUGUUCACAGACAGGGCUACCCUGUACAGAAUGAUUGAAGUUGAAGGAAAGGGGCACUUGGAAAAUGGCCACCCUGAGUUAUUUCACCAGCUCAUGCUUUGGAAAGGAGAUCUAAAAGGUGUUCUCCGGACUGCAGCAGAGAGAGGAGAGCUGACAGACAAUCUAGUGGCUAUGGCACCAGUGGCUGGUUACCAUGUGUGGGUAUGGGCUGUGGAGGCUUUUGCCAAACAGCUGUGUUUCCAGGACCAGUAUGUCAAGGCUGCCUCUCACCUGCUUUCUAUCCACAAAGUGUACGAAGCUGUGGAGCUGCUCAAGUCAAACCAUUUCUACAGGGAGGCUAUUGCAGUUGCCAAGGCCCGGCUGCGCCCAGAGGACCCGAUCCUGAAAGACCUGUACCUCAGCUGGGGGGCCGUCCUAGAAAAAGAUGGCCAUUAUGCUUUAGCAGCCAAAUGCUAUUUAGGGGCCACUUCAGCUUAUGAUGCAGCCAAAGUUUUGUCAAAAAAGGGGGACGCGACAUCACUUAGAACUGCUGCAGAGCUGGCUUCAAUUGUAGGAGAGAAUGAGUUGUCUGCUUCCCUGGCUCUCAGAUGUGCCCAAGAGCUGCUUCUGGCCAGGAACUGGGUGGGAGCCCAGGAAGCCCUGCACCUUCACGAAAGUCUAAAGGGUCAGAGACUGGUGUUUUGCCUUCUUGAGCUACUGUCCAAGCACCUGGAGGAAAAGCAGCUUUUGGAGGUCAAAAGUUCCUCUUCUUACAAUGCUUGGACCGCAGGCGGCGAAGGGCCCUUCGUGGAGAGAGUGACUGCGGUGUGGAAGACAGCCUUCAGCCUCGACUCCCCAGAGCAGUAUCAGGCAGCAGUUCGGCAACUGCAGAGUGUCAAGUACCCCUCUGCUACAAGUAACACUCCCUCCAAACAGCUCCUGCUUCACCUUUGCCAUGACCUGACCCUGGCAGUGCUGAGCCAGCAGGUGGCCUCCUGGGACACAGCUGUGGAAGAACUGCUUCGGGCUGUAAUGCGGAGCUACGACUCAGGAAAUUUCACCAUCAUGCAGGAAGUGCACUCAGCCUUUCUUCCUGAGGGCUGUGACCACCUUAGAGACAAACUGGGUGACCAUCAGUCCCCCACCACACCAGCCUUCAAAAGUUUGGAGGCUUUUUUUAUUUACGGACGUCUGUAUGAAUUCUGGUGGUCUCUCUCCGGGCCUUGCCCUGAAUCCAGCAUCUGGGUAAGGGCUGCUCACAGAAGGAUGACUUCUGUUGAGCAAAGCCAGCAGCUGAACAAUGUCAGCCCUGAAGAAACUGAGCCCAAAGCUUCUCAGCCAGAGCCAAGCAGGCCUCCAGAACUAGACGUGAGACUCACAGAAGAAGGUGAGCAAAUACUGAGAGCUUGUAAGGAGCUCUUUUCAGAAGAGCAUGCCAGUCUCCAAAAUUCACAGAGAACUGUUGCUGAAGUCCAAGAAACCCUGGCAGACAUGAUCCGCCAACACCAGAAGAGACAACUCUGCAAACCUACGGCAGAUGGUCCUGCUAAGAAUGAACCUGAACAGGAAGCAGAACAGUCCCUCUCUGGUUCUCAGCACCAGUGUAAAGAAGAAAAAAGUGAGCCAGUUUCUUUGCCUGAAUUAACCAAAAGGCUUACAGAAGCGAAUGAGAGAAUAGCUAAGUUUCCUGAGAGUAUUAAGACCUGGCCCUUCCCAGAUGUGCUGGAGUGCUGCCUCAUCCUGCUUCACAUCAAGUCUCAACAUCCUGGCUGUGUGACGCACGAAAUGCAGCAACAGGCUCAAGAGCUCCUUCAAAAAUACAGCAACACUAAAGUUUACAAAAGACACUGCCAGACCUUCUGCACAUGAACUUUCAAGGACCUUUAAGAAACUGUGCCAAAUUCAAAAUACCCAACACCUUUCACCUCUGCAGUUAUACCUCGCCAGACAUUCACUUUGAUCCAGAGAUGUUUCUGCAGUGAUCCAAAAAAUACAAAUAAGGGUCAAGUUUGAAUCUACUCUACGCUUAGGCACAGUGGAAUCUGCCUUUGGACUCAACUGUGGUUUCCAGGGAGGAAAGAUUAUGAAAAGCCAGCAGUAGUUAUUCAGAACUAACACCUGCAGAGUGAUUGUUGGUCAUCUCUAAAGCCUUAUGCAGGUUUCACCCAAAGAGGAGAAACUUUUUAAAUCACCCAAAGUGUCAUAUUCUUCAACACAGGCUACCUUUAUAAAUGCUUCACCUGAUCAUAAAUACGUCAGUCUUGUUUGAGAUAGAAUUGCUGCAUUUUAUGACUAUUGGUAUCAUUUUCUUCCCUGUUUUUGUUAACCUGGGUUCUCCCCUUCUGCUCUUCCAGACUGAAGUUUGAAUGUGAAAUAGGCCUUACCCAUCAUGUUGACUCUUUACCCUAUCUGAACUUUAGGUCAAAAGUUUGGUUUUAGUGUUUCCUGGAUAGCUUAUUUGAACAAAUCCCUUACGAAAGCUUUAGAAGAACAAAUAACUAACUCAAAUGUGUCUUAUCCCUUCGGUUUUGUAAGAAAUGACUGAUGGUGAUCAAAAUAGCUCGGGAAGAAAUUACCUUUUCAGUGGUUCUUUAAUCUUUUUUGGAUCACAGGACCCUUUGGAAAUUAAAGCCACAGAUGAUCUUUGAAGAAAAAUGCAUAUUCCUCAUCUUGCAUAUGUAAUUUUGGGAUCACUGGACUCCAACUUUGGCAUAAUGGAAUCCUACAUACUAUUUAAUGGUAAAUCCUUUGGAGUUUUGGGGGGGUUUUGUUGUUGUUUUGUUGGGGUUUUGUUGUUGAUUUUCCCCCCCUACUAAUGAGCAUUUUCUUGA